UCCCCAGGAGGCUCAUAGGGCACCGCCGGAUUUCGGAACGCGAAUGCUGAAGUCUGUGAAGGCAGCCGGAAGAAAAGGGGAGCACUAGGCAAAACCUUUAUCUGCCCGGGCGACUGACUUUUGGAGUCAGUUUGGAGGUCGGCGUGGGAGAGUUGUAGUUCUAUGCCGGCUGCUGUCCCCACGGUCAUUCGGGCAAUUUUUUUAUUUGGUUCGUCUGUUCCGUUUUACGCCUACACGGAGCUAAGUCGUUUGACAGCAGUUCGCGAUGAGUCCCCAGGGUCUUCAGAAGAUGCAGCAGGUGAUGAAGUUCUUCGCGGAGUCGCCGGGCUUUGAUAGAGUUUUAGAAAAGUGAUGCUGAGGUUCUCAUGGCUGUGUAUACCAGUGAUUUUGUGGUUCGAGGGAUGAUCUACGGAGUCACUCAUGACCAGGAGCUACAGGAGGCAGUGAUCAGCGUCAGCACUUCUUGCAUCCAUGGGCAGAAGUUCCCAUUAUUCCAGCCAGCUGAGUCCUCCAGCCAAGUAUCAGCUUACUGUUCUUUCCACAAGUCCUGGAAAAGUGGUUUGUGAAAUGAAAGUUGGAGAAGAACAUACCAAUAGGAUGGGCACUCUACAUGGUGGUUUAACAGCAACUCUGGUAGAUGUUGUAUCUACAAUUGCUUUGAUAAAUACAGAGAGGGGAAAACCUGGAGUCAGUGUGGACAUGAACAUAACGUACCUGUCCCCUGCUAAGAUAGGAGAAGAAAUAUUGAUUGCUGCUCACAUACUGAAGCAAGGAAAAACUCUUGCCUUUGCCAGUGUGGACCUGACAAACAAGACCACAGGAAAACUGGUAGCUCAAGGCAGACACACAAAACACCUAGGAAACUAAAAGUCUAACUUCUUUAAAGCUGUUCAAGAAACAACUGAUAAUGAUUUCAUUGUAUUUCUGUUUAAACAAGUAACUUUUAAGUUUAACUUUGAAAAUAAAUUCUUUUAGUUG